AUGCUAAUGCUUGACUGGUCUACUUUUCUAAAAUUAUUUCAGGAAUCUCUUUCCUACGUUUCCUUUUUUACAAAUUCGCUACUAAUAUGGCUAAUUGUGACAAAAUCUCCAAAAACAAUGGGCUCUUAUAAGUAUCUUAUGGUUUUUACGUCGCUUUUCGAAAUUGGUUUUUCUCUUAUUGAAAUUUUGAUAAAAGCGGCACGAAAAAAUUUGUUUUAUAAUUUUCAGGAAGUAAAAACUCUGGGAUCAAUUUGGAUAAUUCAAACUGAUGAGGAUAAAAGUCUUCUGCCUAUAUCGGUUGCCAGUAUAUUUCUAAUGUGCUGGAGCGGCUCUUAUGGGACAACAUUGUUCAAUUUCAGUGGAGACUUGACUUUUCGUUACUUAACAGUCACCGGACGUAAAAAAUAUGUAACCGGAAAAAUCCUCUGGGUCUGGCUGUUUUUCCCUUUGGUUGGAGGCUUUCUUUUUGCACUAACUAUUGAGUUUUUCCUGGGUCAGACUAAAGAAAUGGACGUAAUCGUGAGUUUAUCUGGCAUAGAAGUUCAUCCAAUUUUGGCCUACUAUGGCUUCAGUCUCUAUAAGUCACUUCCCAAUUCCGAACCGAAGAUUCUCAAUUGGUUGCAUAUUUCGGGAUUUUUGUCAUUGCAGCUCUAGUGUUUGCCUCAUGCUCAGUCAUAUUAUGUUUCGCUCUGAAACUCUACAUGGAUGUGAAGAAAUGGAGUAGCCUGUCAAAGAAUCAAUCGAUGCCCUGUAAGGCACUUCAAUCUCAAUUAUUCUACUCAUUGAUUAUCCAAACUGCAAUUCCAAUAGUCCUUUUAUGCUUUCCAACUGGCUUGGCAGUGGUGGUUAUAUUUUUUGGAAAGGCUCAGAAGUUCAAUGGACAGGCACUGACGCUGACUGUAUCUUUGUUUCCUGCAAUUGAUCCAUUUCCCAGUAUGCUUAUUAUCAAACCGUAUCGGGUGGCAAUUAAAAGUUAGUUUGCCAAUGAAAAUCCUGUGUGACCGAGUUUUAUUAACAGAAAAAUAAUGUUGUUUCUACAAAAAAUUAGCUGCAACACUUCAAACUUUGGGUGA